UAUUUUCUUCAGCAAUGCGAAUCACAAAGCCCGAGUGGCUGCGGCACGAUGCAGACAAAAAGAAGCUGACGGCGAUAUUUUCUCUGGACUUCCACCCGUCGGGCACGCGUCUGGCCACGGGCGGCAUGGACAACAAAGUGCGGCUCUGGAGCACCACGGCCAUGACCAAGCAGACGGAGCCGCGACUACUGUCGACAUUGACGGCGCACAGCGGCGCGGUGAUGUGCACAAGGUUCUCUCCGACCGGCAAAUACCUAGCGACGGGAGCCGACGACUAUGGCAACCUGUCAGGGCUGGGCGGGCCCGAGACAUGGCGGCCGGUGCGGCGGCUCACUGGCCACGAAUCGGACGUGUGCGAUCUGGCGUGGUCCGACGACCAGCGGUUCCUGGCGACGUGCGGGCUGGACAACGUGGUGUAUAUUUGGGACGGCAAGACAUUUGACCGGGUGGCCAAGCUGACGGGCCAUUCGCAGUUCGUCAAGGGCUCGGACGACAAGACGCUGAAGAUCUGGCGCACGUCGGACUGGAAACUGCAGACCACCGUAAGCAAGCCAUUCGAGGACAAUAUCUUCUCGACGUACUUUCGCCGGCCCUCGUGGUCGCCCGAUGGCGACUGCAUUGCCACGGCCAAUGCGGCCAACGGCAAGGUGCCAGUGGACAUGCCGAUUCUGUCGUUCGUCGGGCACCAGGCGGCCAUUGAGGCGGUCAAGUUCAAUCCGCGGCUAUUCAAUGUGCCAGAACCCCACAGCCAGACGGAGAAUGGCACGGCAAAGACGGUGCAGGCGUCGGUGUGCGCGGCCGGCGGGCAGGACCGCGGGGUCACAGUAUGGCUCACCUCGCAGCACAUGCCGAUUGCAGCAGCCACCAAUCUGUUCACCGGCAACCUUCUCGACCUGGCAUGGCACACGUACCAGGAGCCGCAGGACGACGUAGUGGCGAUAUUGGCCGCAUGCUCAUAUGACGGCACGGUGGCUUUGCUCGAGUUCACAAAGGACGAGCUGGGCACGCCCAUCCCGGCCGACGAGCAGGAGCAGCUGCUGGUAAAGUAUGGGUGGGUAAGGAGCACUGGCAAGCGGCGGCGUGGCAUGGCGAUUCUCGACUCUGAUGACGACGACGAUAUACUGCAGUUGGAGGAGCAGAUGACAGUUGUGGCAGAGCCACCAGUAGCUACGCAGCCACCAGUAGCUACACAACCACCAGUAGCUACGCAGCCACCACAACAAGCAGCUGCAGAGCCAGCGCAGAUGCCGGUACCGACGCGGACCAAGGACGGCAAGAAACGCGUAGCACCAGUGUUUGUGCGAGCACUGGGCGGCGGCACCCAGACCACAGCCCCUGUGCUGGCACCAACCACAUCGCAAAACAUCGUCAUCGCGGCUCCCGAAACAGCCGACAUGGAGCCGGUCACUGCGCCGCUGUGGAUCGAGUCGCGGGUGCUCGGCACGCGCAUCAUGGCUCCCAGGCCCAAGCCCGAGCACUCCGCGGCGGCGAUAUCCUACGCAGCCGCGCGCGUCCACCUCAAUGUGCCCAAGGUGGUAGCCCAGAUCACACGCUCGGUUCCCAAUAGCCCCGGCAAACUCAGCCUGGUCGCAAUUAACCAGCCCAAGGGGACCAGGUUGGUGUGCUCACGCAUGCUGGACGAGUCGAGGAGAAACCCUGUGGACGCAGUUCUUCUCGGCCCCGAUUCAUUGCCCUGGCGGCCAGCGAGAGUCCUGGCGGCAGUCUGCGCAGCUGACGGAUCCAUGCACUGGUUCGAUACGCAGGCGGGCGCGCGCAAGCUGCCGCCGAUUAUGGCCGAGGCCCAUCCGUCGCACAUCAUGUGUCGGGGCGACCUCUGUCUCGUACUGGAUUCCGUCGGCCAGCUGAAUGUCUGGGACACCUCGCUGCCCCGGGCGCUGGUCAGCAACCUAAGCAUAGCACCGCUGCUGUACUCGGCCGAGCUGCAACUCCAGCAAGACCGCCAUCCGCCCAAUGUCGCGGUGACCAUGGUCGACCUGACCCCCGCCGGCAUGCCGCUGGUGUCCUUGGACUUGCUUACAUGGCUGAAGAUCUCCGAUCCACAGGCCUUCCGGGGCUCCGACUUUGCCCACCCAUGGCCCAUGCACCGAACCAGCACCGAGCCACUGGCCUUUGUCCAGGAGCUCGGCUCGUACCAGAGCCAGCAAACGAACUCACAUGAGCCUGUGGCUGGCCGGGUGACAGGCGAGGUCAAGCGCGCGGUGACUGUGGACCACGUCGAGCACCAGCUGGCGGCUGCCGCACUGCUGCAGUCGCGCGAGGAGGUGGUAAAGUGGAGCGAUGUGCUGAUGCGCCAGCUGGCAAAGUCCGGCGAUGUAAAGCGCACGGCCUUCUGGCUAGCACAUCUGCUUGGCCCCCGCUGCAGUCAGAUGCUUGGCAGGCGGAAAUGGCCGGCGUUCCCGAAGCACCAGCUGCUGAAGCGCGCGCUGCCGAUUCUCGCAGCCAAUCGCCACCUGCAAUCUCUGGUGCAUGAAUAUUCCACGGCAUUGGAGCAAUUAAGCUGAGCUGGAAGUUUCUUGGAAUUAAAGUCU